AUGUCGCCCUCGCAGUCCCCCUCAUCCAUGUAUUCCCACGCCCCAACAGUGAUCCACCACUCGGCGCACCGGUCCGCCCUUGCCCGCCGAGCCACGCGGCAGUUGUCCAAAUGGACCGAAUCCCCCACUUCUACGCACGACCACCACUCCAAUCACUCAUCCCCCCACGCCCCUGUCCGCGCCGCCGACUACAGCUACAAUGGCAACUACAACACCGAGUACACAGCGCGGAGGAAGAGCCAAGGCCUCACUCAGAGCCCGUACUCCCCCUACCAAGGCCUGGAUGACGACCGGCACGACGGGGACGACGAGCACGUCUCGACCGUCCAAUCUGGACCUACCGUUCGAAAGUACGCGGACCUCAACUUUGACGAUGAGGACGAGGACGACGCGAUUGGUUUUGCGCAAAUUGGUCGGCGGGAGAAGAUUGGCGGAGAGUGGGGGACGCCGGAGAGUGCUCUGGCGGGUAUAGGGCGGCAGGCGACCCGCAUGAUGCGCGCCGCGACUACCAAGAAGGGCAGCGGCGGAAAAGACGUCGGAGUGGGUCUGGGACUGGGGAUCGGGGGUAUGCUCGGCGGCGGCUCGUAUGCCCGGGACGACCGUAAAGGCAAAGAGAGCGGGAAUGUCAGUCCCUCAACAUCCGUCGCAUCCCGCGGAUCGGGUAGGCAGCGGCUGGGCGAUCUCCUCUCAACGUCCUCUCGGAAACCGACGCGGGAGCGCGACUUUUUGACAUCCGGUUCAAAAGUCUCCAUUGCGUCAGAUCAGUCCCGAGAGACCGCCACCACUCGGACAUCCUCUAGCGAGAGCUCGGUCGGGGAGGCGGUCAUCACUCCCAACCAUUCCUCCGCCUUCACGCCGUAUCACGACCGGGACCACUCGUUCAAUACCGCCGUCAAGUACACAUACCCCACUCGGUCGGCUACCACAUCGGCCCAGCAGUACGCCGAGCGCGCCACUGGCCACACCCCUACCCUCGCGCCCAGUGCGCGGAUUUACGACCCCGCAACCAAUACCAAUAGCAACACCGUCAACCUCUCCCCUGCUGCUUUCGCGCUCAGCCCCACCCCCGCCAACUUUGCCGCAUCGGAUCGGCCGCUCAUGUCCUCCGGCUCACCCGGGUUCGGCCUCAUCUCUCUCGAGGUUGCCCAAGAGCGCGAGCGUGUCCGGCUCGGCGGACCGACCCCCAAGUCCUCCGGGACUAAGAAGGGCAAGGACCAGACGACGCCACGCCUCCCCGCUGUCCCCACCCUCCCGGCGACGCAGAGCCAAAAGAUCAAGAAUAAAAAGAGCCUCAUCUCGCUCUUUCGGUCGGCCACUGCCUAUGCUAGCGGUAGCAGCGGGCCCGCGGGUCCAGCUCCCCCCGUCCCCGGCUUCAGUAUGGUCAAUACCAGCGCGGGCGGGAAGAAGAUGAAUAUAGGGGAGCCAAUGCCGCUCAUGCUGCCUCAUGAGGGGAUGGCGACGCCUUCGGCGCGGGACCCUCCAGAGCAAUGGCCGUCUGCGCCCCGGGAGUCAAGGGAGGACGCCCGCCCUCCAAUGCGGGAUGACCGACCACCCCAAGCCAGCCGGACCCUCCUUCCUGGCCCAAAACUCGAGCUGCGGCCAGUCAGCAUGAUGCUCGCCAAUGGCCUACCCGAGGACUAUCUCGCCUCGUCGUCCACGUCGGAGCUGGACGACUCGCAAGACGGCCGCUCGUCCGUCUUUACAGCAACGGAGUCCCUCUCCUCCACCUCCUCUCUCCUGGAAGACCCAGACGCCUCGGACCCCUCCGCCCACCCCGAGGUCCUCGCGCUCCGCAAAGAACUGGCCAACCUCAAAAAGACACACCAGUACCAACAGUCGGAACUCUCCAGCCAGCUCAGGGAGAUGAAGGACCAGCUCUCCGCCACGCAGGCGGAGAUGGAAGAGGUGCGCGCAGACAAGCAGCGUUGGGCGCCAAGGGAGGACGGGUGUACAGAGUGCGGAUGUACCUGCGGCAUGGCGGUCAGCGAGAUGUUGAUGGGGUCCGCGCCUUCGCCGAGGCUAGCGUCAGGGGCGGGAACGGUCAUGGGGAGGGCGAGGAGCGGGACGACGAGUCGGUCAGUCAGGUCGGUAAGGUCCACCAAGUCGACGACGUCGGGACGGGCGGAUUAUUCAGGGAUACCAGUGCCGGCGGUACCGAUCCCCGAGCGGACGCCGGGAGGAGGUGGAGGGAGAGGUGUGAUGGAUCGCGGAAGGGUCAAGACGGGUGGGGCGAGGGGUGUAUUCGGGACGGGUAGUUUGUACGAGUGGGAGUAG